GCGUCGCUCGCUGCGUGGACGAAUAGCGGCUCGCGGUGCGCGCACCCGACAUCCGGGACUGGUCCGCGAGGUUGGCAGAGACUCCAGGAGGCCGCGGCCGCGCACUUCCGGGGCCCUCCGCACUUCCGGUGGGAUCGAUCGGCGAAAGGGCGGAGGCGCCGAUCGCGAUCGCGGUCGCGCCUCGACGGACCGCGCGCGCGCGCGCGCGUCGCCCGUGGCGGCUGACAGCGCCAAUCGAGAGUAUCGAUCGAUCGAUCGGCGGGUCGAUCGACCCGCCGUCGAUCCCGCGAGGGCCAAUCCGCCGAGGCUGCGAAGAGGGCGCGACUUCUCGGGGAUUUGAAGGAGCUUCUCGAGGACCGGGAGGAGACACUAUGGAAGUUUCAUUCGAUUAAAGGGCCAAUCAGCGGUCCUUCGGUUCCCGACCCAGGAAGUUGAAGAUCGACUUCAGGAUGGGAGAAAUUCUGGGAUCGGCGAGUUUCCUUCACCUCGGCGACAUCGUCAGUUUGUACGCCGAGGGAAGUGUCUCGGGAUUCCUGUCGACCUUGGGAUUGGUGGAUGAUAGAUGCGUCGUGUGUCCCGAGGCAGGGGACUUGACAAAUCCACCAAAGAAAUUCAGAGACUGUCUCUUCAAGAUAUGUCCCAUGAACCGUUAUUCCGCCCAAAAGCAAUUCUGGAAAGCAGCCAAACAAAGUGGCAGCUCUAGUACCGACGCAUCAUUGUUGAAAAGACUCCACCAUGCCGCCGAGAUUGAGAAGAAGCAAAAUGAAACCGAGAAUAAAAAGCUACUGGGCUCCGUUGUCUCUUACGGGAAUGUUAUCCAGCUUCUUCAUCUCAAGUCCAACAAGUUCCUGACGGUGAACAAAAGGUUGCCAGCCCUGUUGGAGAAGAACGCGAUGAGGGUGUACCUUGACGCGAAUGGGAACGAGGGCUCGUGGCUUUACAUAAUGCCGUUUUACAAACUGAGGAGCGACGGUGACAGCGUCGUCGUCGGGGACAAAGUUAUCCUGGAGCCAGUUAAUGCCGGUCGGCAAGGACUACACGCGGCCGCAAAUUACGAGCUCAGCGAUAACCCUGGCUGCAAGGAAGUCAACGUCGUCAACGCCUCGACAUCCUGGAAGGUUACUCUCUUCAUGGAACACAAAGAAAAUCAGGAGGAGAUUCUGAAAGGGGGCGACGUCGUCAGAUUGUUUCACGCCGAGCAGGAAAAGUUCCUGACGAUGGACGAGUAUAAGAAAAAACAACACGUAUUCCUGAGGACCACGGGCAGGACGAGCGCAACGGCGGCCACCAGCAGCAAGGCUCUCUGGGAAGUCGAGGUUGUGCAACAUGAUCCUUGCAGAGGGGGCGCCGGUCACUGGAAUUCCUUGUUCAGGUUUAAACAUUUGGCCACUGGACAAUACUUGGCCGCUGAAAUAGACACCGACGAGCCGCGCGAGGCAACGAAAGGCAAGCGUGAUAUUUCUGGUCCAGUGUAUCGAUUAGUUUCCGUUCCGCACAGCAACGAAAUCAGUUCGUUGUUCGAGCUGGAUCCGACAACGUUGACUAGAGGUGAUAGUUUAGUACCACAGUCAUCAUUCGUAAGACUGCACCACAUAUGUACAAAUACGUGGGUCCAUUCUACUAGCGUGCCCAUUGAUAAGGACGACGAAAAGCCAGUAAUGUCCAAGGUAGGCUGUGCGCUCAAUAAGGAGGAUAAAGAGGCAUUUGCUCUGAGAUCCGUGUCGCCAGUAGAGGUGCGAGAUUUGGACUUUGCCAACGACGCCUGUAAAGUCCUCGCCUCGAUAAGCGGCAAACUGGAGAAGGGAACAAUAUCGCACAACGAAAGACGUGCAGUGACUAGUUUGUUGCAAGACAUAGUAUAUUUUAUAGCCGGUCUAGAGAACGAGCAGAACAAGUCCGAGGCUUUAGAGCUGGUCGUCCCUAACGCUGUUAGAGAUAGGCAGAAGUUGCUCAGAGAACAGUAUAUUCUUGGACAACUAUUCAAGAUACUUCAGGCACCUUUCUUAGAAUCAGCUCAGGGUGAGGGACCAUUCCUUAGGAUAGAAGAGCUUAAUGAUCCUCGACACGCACCGUACAAAUAUAUGUUUCGUCUGUGUUACCGUAUUCUGAGGCUAUCUCAACAGGACUAUAGGAAAAAUCAGGAAUACAUCGCCAAACACUUUGCUUUUAUGCAAAAACAAAUUGGUUACGAUAUUCUGGCGGAGGAUACCAUUACAGCUCUGUUGCAUAACAAUAGAAAAUUAUUGGAGAAACACAUCACGGCCGCGGAAAUCGAGACCUUUGUGGGAUUGGUGAGGAAGAACAUGCGUACCUGGGAAUCGCGAUUUCUGGAUUACCUGUCAGACCUUUGCAUAUCCAAUAAGAAGGCCAUUGCGGUCACUCAGGAAUUAAUUUGCAAAAGUGUCCUCAGUGAAAAGAACAAAGAUAUUUUGAUAGACACUAAGAUAAUGAAAACUCGCGUGGAAGUAGAAGAUGUAGACGAGAGAGGAGAAAACGAGGAACCGCAGAUCACGGUCAUCGAAGAUCUGGAAAUUUUACUCGUGUGGAAUAACGGAGCAAAAACCAUGUCUUUGAGCGAGCUAUCGAAAGGUGCAAAAAUGGGUAACACGGAGCAUGCAGCAAUAUUGGAUUAUUAUAGACAUCAAUUGAAUCUCUUUAGCAACAUGUGUCUUAAUAGGCAGUAUUUGGCACUUAAUAAUUUGUCACCUCAUCUGGACAUUGAACUGAUACUAAAAUGUAUGGCAGAUGAGAGGGUGCCAUAUGAACUUCGCGCAUCAUUUUGCCGUUUGAUGUUACAUCUUCACGUGGACAGAGAUCCGCAAGAACAAGUUACACCUGUGAAAUAUGCUCGACUUUGGUCAGAAAUUCCACCGAAAAUGAGCAUUAAUGACUACGAUACAAAUAAAAUGCCUGAUCUCAACAAGGAAGCGGUUAGAGCCCGAUUUAGUUCCACGAUAAUGUUCGUUGAAGAUUACUUGUGCAAUGUCGUUGCAAAAAUGUGGUCUUUUGCUGACCAGGAACAAAACAAGCUAACAUUUGAGGUCGUUAAACUGGCACGCGAUCUAAUUUACUUCGGAUUCUACAGUUUCAGUGAUUUACUGAGGUUAACGAAAACUUUACUUAGCAUCUUGGAUUGUGUGUCAGAAAGCGAUUUCUCCGAUGGAAAAAUCCCUACAGGUGAAAUUGACUCUGAAGGUGGAGUGCUACGAUGCAUUGGAGAUAUGGGAGCGGUAAUGACGAGUUUGACAUUAGGACCAGCUGGUCAAGUGUUGACCGGAAAUUCAUCGCCAAGACCCAAGCCAUUGAUGAAGAAGGAGUACCCACUCGUGAUGGACACGAAGCUCAAAAUAAUAGAGAUUCUACAGUUCAUCCUUGACGUCAGACUGGAUUAUAGGAUUUCAUGUCUGUUAAGCAUAUUUAAACGGGAAUUCGAUGAAACCGAAAGGCUUUCCGGCGACCUGAGCCUAGGACAAAAGGGAAUCGAUUUAGAUGUAAUUGGAACACAAGCUGAGGGUAUAUUUGGUAGUAGUGAGGAAUGCAUCGCAUUGGAUCUCGAUGGGCAGGGAGGAAGGACUUUCUUACGUGUAUUACUUCAUUUGGCAAUGCACGAUUACCCUCCUUUAGUAUCUGGAGCGUUAACUCUGUUAUUUAGACAUUUUAGCCAGAGGCAAGAGGUCUUACAAGCUUUUAAACAGGUCCAACUCUUAGUUUCGGACAGCGACGUUGAAUCGUACAAACAAAUCAAAGCAGACUUGGAUGUGUUACGUCAGUCGGUUGAAAAGUCCGAGCUUUGGGUCUAUAAAUCAAAAGCUACGGAAGAACAUGGGGGGAAGAAGAAAAAGAGCAAGGACGAGGAAGACGAUGGUACAACGCCACGGAAAGCGCCGCCUUUAGCACACUGCGACAAAAAAGGAUCGGCGAUUGACUUGGAUGUCGGACCUCCUCUUCAUCCAGACCAGGCUGAGGAGUACAAAAAGAUUCAACAAAUUUUAAUCAGAAUGAACAAGUUAUGCAUUCAAACGUUCUCUGGUGGACAGGUAAAGCCAAGAAAGCACGAGCAGAGGCUUUUGCGAAACGUUGGCGUGCACACCGUCGUAUUGGAUCUUUUGCAAGUACCUUACGACACGAAGGAGGAUGUCAGGAUGAACGAGUUAAUGCGCCUGGCUCAUGACUUUUUGCAAAAUUUCUGCCUUGGUAAUCAGCAGAAUCAAGUUCUCCUGCAUAAGCAGUUAGAUCUGUUCCUCAACCCCGGCAUACGAGAAGCUCAGACCGUGUGCAGUAUAUUCCAGGACAAUUCGAUUCUUUGCAACGAGGUCAAUGCAAAAGUCAUACAACACUUUGUGCAUUGCAUCGAGACCCACGGGCGACACGUGCAGUACCUGAAGUUUUUUCAAACGAUCGUUAAAGCGGAAAAUCAGUUUAUCAGGAAAUGUCAGGAGAUGGUGAUGCAAGAAUUGGUCCAAGCCGGGGAAGAUGUUCUUGUUUUCUAUAACGACAGAGCUUCGUUCUACCAAUUCGUGGAGAUGAUGAAGUCUGAGCGACAUCGCAUGGACGAGAGCAGUCCACUUAGAUAUCACGUGGAACUUGUAAAACUACUGGCUUGCUGCACCAUGGGCAAAAAUGUGAACACUGAGAUCAAGUGCCAUAGUCUUUUACCAUUGGACGACAUCGUCGCGAUGGUAACUCAUCCGGAUUGCAUACCUGAGGUCAAGGAGGCAUACAUCAAUUUUCUUAACCAUUGCUACAUCGAUACCGAGGUCGAGAUGAAAGAGAUUUAUACGUCAAAUCACAUGUGGACUCUUUUCGAAAAGACGUUCAUCGUUGACAUGAGUCUGAUCGCAAAUGCGACACACGAUCGGAAACAUGCGGACACUGCUUUGGAGAAUUAUGUCACCAAUUGCGUGAUGAACAUUAUUAGUACCUUCUUCGGUAGUCCAUUUUCUGACCAGAGUACUACUGUCCAGACUCGGCAGCCAAUUUUCGUUCAACUACUGCACGCGGGAUUUAAAGUCUCCGAAUGUCCGUGGCUUAAUGCCGGACAACGUUUCAACGUGGAAAAUUGCAUAAGAACGUUAUCGGACGUAGCAAAGGGCAGAGGAAUAGCGAUUCCCACGGAUUUAGAGAGCCAAGUAACAGCAAUGUUUAACAAAGCUGCCAUGCUCAGCAGGCAAACAACGAAAUGGCUUCAGGCUGCGAAACAGCCGAAGGUGGAGCGCACCCAAAGUCAGCUGAUGAGGCUGGAUCGCAGUAUUAUCGAAGGGUUGCAGGACAUAGUGUCCUUGCUGGAAGAACAAUUAAAGCCAUUGGUACAGUCAGAAUUAUCACUACUGGUCGAUAUCCUUUAUCGACCAGAAUUGCUCUUCCCGGCAGCUACGGAAGCCAGAAAGAGAUGCGAAAACGGUGGCUUUAUUCAUCGGUUGAUAAAACACACCGAAAAGCUCCUCGAAGAAAAGGAAGAGAAACUGUGCGUCAAAGUGCUAAGAACUCUUCGAGAGAUGAUGGCCAUUGAUCCGGAAUACGGAGAAAAGGGUGACGCAUUAAGAACCAAUCUUCUUAUGAGGUACUUCGGUAAAUCUUUCAUGCAGAAGCCAGAAAACGUUGAAAUAGGUCCAUCUUGUAUUACAGCAGUUAUUCAUGGACCGGGUGCAAAAAUGCUGAGCCGAGCUGGACGAACAUUACAUGAAGUUCAGAGUCAUCUGGAUCGAGAAGGAGCAUCGGAUUUAGUAGUUGAAUUGGUCAUCAAGAGCAUACACUCACCAAGUAUUUUUGUCGAAGCAGUCGAGUUAGGAAUCGCCCUUUUAGAAGGUGGAAACCCUAUUAUACAAAACAGCAUGUAUAACAAGCUUAUGCGUGGCGAUUUCAGUCAGUCUUUUUUCAAGGUUUUUUAUGACAAGAUGAAGGAUUCUCAACAAGAAAUUAAAUCAACGGUUACAGUGAAUACUUCGGACAUCGCGGCUAAAGCUCACGAAGACAAGGAACAGAACAAAGAAAUAGAUAAAUUGUCGAAAAAACGGUCGUCAGUGAAGCCAAAUGGAAUCGUUUUAACGGAGGAACUGCGAGAAGAAUUGAAUCAAGCUGCGACAUCGACUGUUCAAGCUUUUGCAAGCGUUCGUAACUUGUCUUCUGGAGAAGAUGUUACUAACAGUGCGAUACUUGGAUCUGCGCUGGAAGACAUGAUAGCAGAGAAAUUAGAAAGACAUCGCAGUGGAGGCUCGGGUAGUGUUGAUAGGGAUGAAUCUCAACUUAAUGUCAAGGUCUUGGUAAUGCAACCAAUCCUGCGAUUCUUGCAGUUGCUUUGUGAAAAUCAUAAUCGGGAACUGCAGAAUUUCCUUAGAAAUCAGAACAAUAAGACGAACUUUAACUUGGUAUCGGAGACUUUAAUGUUUUUGGAUUGCAUUUGUGGCUCCACGACAGGUGGUCUGGGACUUCUUGGAUUGUACAUAAAUGAAUAUAAUGUUGCUCUGAUAAAUCAGACAUUGGAGACUUUGACAGAGUACUGUCAAGGACCGUGUCAUGAUAAUCAGAACUGCAUCGCCACUCAUGAGUCGAACGGUUUGGACAUAAUAACAGCACUGAUCCUCAACGAUAUUAAUCCAUUAGGAAAGACGAGAAUGGAUUUGGUUUUGGAGCUGAAAAACAAUGCUAGUAAAUUAUUGUUAGCUAUUAUGGAGAGUAGAGGUGACAGUGAGAAUGCAGAAAGGAUUAUGUACAACAUGAAUCCUAAACAAUUGGUCGACGUGGCUUGUAGAGCAUUCCAUCAGGAAUCUUUGGAGGACGAAACUGAUGCCGAUGAUUCUUCCACCGAUGGUGAUGAUGGCGUCUCGCCAAAAGAAGUGGGCCACAAUAUCUACAUUUUGUGCCACCAACUUGCUCAGCACAACAAAGAAUUAUCUGUGAUGUUGAAGCCAUCUGAGCAAAAUAAUGCUGAUCCAAAGAUUAACAAGGCGUUGCAAUACUAUGCAUCGCACACCGCACAAAUUGAGAUUGUGAGGCAUGAUAGGACUCUGGAGCAAAUAGUCUUUCCCAUACCAGAGAUAUGUGAAUUAAUAACAAGGGAUACGAAAAUUAAAGUGCUCAACACCGCAGAACGCGAUGACCAAGGAUCAAAGGUGUCCGAUUUUUUCGAGCGUACGGAGGACAUGUUUAAUGAGAUGAAAUGGCAGAAGAAGCUCAGAGGACAACCAAUGCUUUUCUGGAUGAGCAGUUACAUGUCUUUAUGGAGCAAUAUAUUGUUCAAUUGCGCCGUUCUCAUCAAUGUCAUAGUGGCUUUCUUUUACCCAUUUAUGGAUUCCGUGCCUAACCUCGGUUCACAUUUGUCUGCUCUGAUUUGGACGGUGAUGCUUUCUUCGGCCGCAAUCGUGAUUACGUUGCCUAGAGAGUCCGGCAUACGUACUUUAGUUGCAUCCACGAUAUUGCGAUUAAUAUUCUCAGUAGGUCCUGAACCGACUUUGUGGUUGCUAGGAUUCGUGACCGUUGUCCUGAAAGUAGUGCAUCUCAUAAGUAUAAUAGGAAAUCAAGGCACUUUAACGAAGAGUAUCGAGCAAAUUGUGACAAACGUUGAACUACUGUACCACCUCUCGUACCUGAUCUUUUGUGUCCUUGGGAUGUGCAUGCACCCAUUCUUUUACUCGGUACUGUUGUUCGACGUAGUAUAUCGCGAGGAAACAUUACUUAACGUUAUCCGCUCGGUGACAAGAAAUGGCCGGUCUAUCAUUCUAACGGCCGUGCUCGCAAUGAUACUGGUGUACAUGUUCUCGAUUAUUGGCUUCAUGUUCUUUAAAGACGAUUUCCUGGUCACCGUGGACGAAGAAUUCAUUCCUGCGAUUCCGGAUAAAGUAGGAACAUGUAGUUCCAAAGACAGUGAGAGCUGCAAAGCAACCGAAACUCUGUCUCGAUACGCCCGCGAAAUACACCAAGGAAAAGUUCGGGAAGCAGAAGUUGUUACGAUUGGUGGGGAAUUGAAGGAACGUUCUUGCGACUCGUUGGUUAUGUGCAUCGUGACCACUUUGAACCAAGGUUUGCGAAAUGGCGGUGGAAUUGGCGAUAUCCUAAGAGCACCUUCUAGUACCGAGCCAUUAUUCGUUGCUAGAGUAGUUUACGAUUUACUAUUCUUCUUCAUAGUCAUCAUUAUUGUUCUGAAUCUCAUUUUUGGUGUCAUCAUCGACACGUUUGCUGAUCUCAGAUCGGAGAAGCAACAGAAAGAAUUGAUCCUGAAGAAUACCUGCUUUAUCUGCGGGUUGAAUAGGUCAGCAUUCGACAACAAGAUAGUCUCUUUCGAGGAGCACACGAAGCAUGAGCACAACAUGUGGCAUUACCUCUACUUCAUAGUCCUAGUCAAGGUGAAGGACCCUACCGAAUUUACUGGCCCCGAAUCUUACGUCUACGCCAUGGUCAAGGAUCGCAAUCUGGAGUGGUUCCCGAGGUUGAGGGCUAAGUCUCUAGCCGCGGAUGAAGGGGAAGGCGAGCAAGUGGAGCUUCGAAGUUUGCAAUCUCAACUCGAAACUACUCAACAGCUGGUCAAGUGUCUCUCCCAACAGCUCACCGAACUUCGUGAUCAGAUGACCGAGCAGAGGAAGCAAAAGCAGCGAUUAGGUCUCCUGAAUUCAGCGUCAGCGUACCUUCAGAACAUGCCGACAUAAAUCGACCGUUAGUUUCCGUUUCUCGUCGACGAACCUCUGUCUGAUACUCGAAGGUGAUAUUUAAUAAUCCCGCGUGUGUUCUCAAGAAGCAUUUAAAGACGCGUCGGGUAGUAGAUAGUCGAGCAGAGGCAUCUGUACGGUUUUGUUCCUAGUAGCUGGAGGUGUGGAUCAUACGGUGUAACGAAACGUAUUCGGCACCAUUGGCAAUUCGGCGUACUCGGUUAGUCGCAAACUACUUCUUGCUGGUACAUGCACUGAACGGACUUACGUUGCCCUGGAAAUCAGUGUCCCAAUAUUUUCCCACGUGACAACGGGACGUUAUUAGUCCGUAGGAACGAUUAAAUCCGUGCGUCGUUCGCGAGGCAGAGUAUAGAUAUUUUUGAAACGUUGCAUCUUUUGCAAAUACGCUCGGUGUCAUCGCUCUAUACGUAUGAUGUUUCAGUCUUUACGCAGUAAAUGUGCAAUCUCCGAUAUGUGAAAGUUCAAGUACAGUAGUUCGUAAGCAGAGAGUAACGUAGCUAGGACUGGGAUGCUGACAUUUCAAUGUGCCAUUAUCCGCGCCAAAGCUCCCGCGAAUUAAUUCGCCAAGAGGCAUCCGAUGUUCGCGACUCUUGGCAUUCGGGUCCUGACAGUUCUAAUCUAGACGAAAGUUACUUAAAAUUAGACAUUAAAUGCUGUCACGCGUUCUAUCGAAAGUUACGUAACGAGAUACUUCGGUAGUUUCUUUUAUACGUGUUUUAGAGAAAGCUGCACCAAACGUUCGGUUUUUUUAGACCUGAAAUAUCGGGGGAACGUUUCGUCUUCUAUUUUUGUUAACGGCAUCUUUUCAAGCCCGAUUCGAGAAAUAUUAGGGAAUCUAUCGAUACGUCGUUGGGUGGUCGUUUGUAUAUCUUGUGCACCGCACUCAAAAAUUGUUAUAUACGAUUUUAUAUCGUUUUAUCCACGACCAAUAACUUUUCGUCUGACUCGGAUCUAGCAAGUAUAAUGACUGUUAGGGAUCAAUUAAAAGUAACAGGAAUUAUUAUCGAGCGCGUCUAACGAGUAGAAAGGGAGUAUAAAAGCUGUAAAGCGAUUCAAAGAAACGUUGUUGUGUAAUUUUUGUAGUCGUAUACACGAAUGUUACCGUCAUAUAGUUAUGUACACAUAUUUCCUUUCGUUCGUCACGUUAUGCCAAUUGUCAAGUGUACCACCUGCAAGGGAAAUGUCCGAGACCUUUUGAAUAUCUCAUGACACAUCUCAUGAUCUAUGAUCUUUUUAGUGUUGUCUUUUAAUUCGUAAACCGAGAGACGGGGAAGUAGCGCGUUUUGGAAUCUUAUUGAUUUCGAGAUCGGGGGAAAACAUUGCGACGUGAUAUGUUGAAUAUUGUAAAUAAAAUGUUCGAGUAGUCGUAUGUCGUACGUUUAAUGAUGUAACGUUUAAAAUACAUAUCACGCAUGCCUCACCUUUCAUGAUCUUAGAGGAAAUUCGAAUAUCAACUCUCUCUGUGCCAAAUCUGUUAUAUAUAUGAACGAUCACUUCGAAUCUUUACAUAGACUUGUUAGUUAUCUAUGAAACAGUGUAACGUAUGUCGUGCGUUAAGGAGACCAUGUUCUCUCUUUCCCUUUUUAUUAUUAGGAGACAAACUAUUGUGUUUAAAUAAAUCACGUUUGUUUUUAUA